AUGCCGAGUGUGGAGAAAUUAUUUGAAACAGACACCAGAAGAGGUACUCAUGUGGAACAAAAUUUCGAGGUACUUUCAUAUCCAAAUGACUAUGCGAUUGAUACUCCUGCUGGAAGAUUUAGAGAAGUAAUUAAAACAUGGGCAUCUGAAAUAACAAGUUUAUCUGGAAAAAUUAUUAAAAAUUUUCGGUCUGCUGAAAGCCCUAAAAAAAAUUGGGUAAAUAUAUUUCGGGCAACGACGUAUAAAGUGGGAUGCGAUUCUAUAAACUAUAAAGUGGAUAACGAAACAUAUAGGGAAAUAUAUGUAUGCAAUUAUACACCUGCGACUUUGACAGAAGGAGAAGAAAUAUAUGAAAAAGGAGUUUCGUGUAGUAACUGUCCAGAUGGAAUGGGAUGUGAUACUGUUUAUAAACGUUUAUGUGCACCCAUAAAAACUAGUACUACUAGUACAAUUGCUGCUCCUAUUACUGUUCCUGCUUCUACAACUGCUGCUUCAACCACAACUGCUGCCGCACCCACCACGACUGCUGCUGCUCCCACCAUAACUGCCCCUCCUUCCACGACUGUCCCUGCUUCUUCUGUUGUUUCUAGUACUCUUACUAAUAUUAAUGCUGAUAAUCUUACUUCUACUACUAUCACUACCAUUACCAGUACAAUUACUACACUCCAAACCACUUUUAUAAACAAUGAAAUUUUAUGGGAAUGUGACUUUUCCAUUGGGACAAAGAAACAAUGCGAAUUUGAAAUGCAAUGUUAUAAAAAUUGGAAGACAAUUUGUGGGUUUGGAGAUUGCUAUCAAGAAAUUAUAAUACAUAAGCCAAAGUCUUCCCUACUGUUUAUAAUACCUAUUUCAAUAGAGGACCAAGCUUGUCUAAUAUUUGAUUACAAAAAAGAAUAUUUGUCUAUAGCUCAAGAUAAAAGUAGAUUAAUUGCAGUAGCUGUUUGGAACGAAGGCGAAAAUUACGCAGCAGUAAUUAUAGAUGAUGAUGCUGAUAUUUGGACGAUGGUCAGUCUUCUUAUUCCUGUGAGAAAUCAAGAAAUUCAGAUUGGAUUUAUUGUUUGUAAACCAAACAAUUCUGAAGGACAAAAGAUCUCCAUUAGAAAUGUGCACGUUCUAAAUGGAUCCUGCUAAAGUAAUCGGAAAAGGAAUGUUUUCCAAAAAAUAUUUUACGACAAUAUUUUUAAUUGGAAAUCGCUCCAUCUAUAUUUAUAGUAAAAAUUGUCAUCGAAGUUUGUUCGCGUUAAAUGAUUCUUUAGCACUGAAAAGUCAAUCUUAUUGAUUAUAACAAUCAGUUUAAAUUAUAAACAAUAUUCCAUUUGUAAUUGUACUAUUUAAGAGCAGCAAUUAAAUAAAC